CUCUCUCGGUGUGUAGAGAAGAGCCAGUCAAUGAGGAGGGCCCAGGCUCUGUCCUCUACUCUGGCUGCUGCCUCCAGACUCUCAGCCAUGAUCCACCAACCAGGGAAGGACCAGAUGCACACUAAUGCCAUGCUGGUGGACCAGGUGGAUGACCUGGAUAUGAAGUACCGUUCUCCAGUGGAGGAGGAGGUGAGCUCUGUGCCACAGAGGAACAACCCUGCCUGGGACUCCUCCUUUGGAAGUCUCCCUGGCUCCAUGGCUCCUCACAGGGACCAGGCCUUCCCCCUUCCUUCCUCUCCCUUGGCCUACCCCUUUCCUUUCUCUGGUGGUGGAAAUAGGGGGAGGAUCCAGCCGUCCGUCUCCCUCUCCUCUGGGCUCAGUCACAGAGGAACCAGUCAGCCUGAGAAGACCUGUGUACUGAGUUCCAGUCUGGGACCAGUAGAGUGUGACAGUUGGGAGGAGGACACCCUGUGCCAGUCUCCCCCCUCCCUCCCCAACUUCUCAUCUCCCUGGCAACGCUCCGACCUGCAUACUAGCUCUGGGGACGAGAGGGACUCCUUUGACAACUUGUUGCACUUCAACCGUACACACUCUAACAAUUCACACACACCUUCCAAGGAUCAGUCAGACCCACAGCUUCGUCUGCGCUCUUACUCCUAUUCCUCCCCCAAGACCCAGCUUUCACGCCCCCUGUUCACCCGAGAUGCAGCGAUCUCUGACCUGACAGAAGAGCAUAGAGACUUCAACUUGACUGAGACACCCAGAGAGAAGAGGGAUGUGGGUUUCCGUAAGAGGGUCCAGUCUGCUGAGGACGAAGGCAGCUCGUCAUCAUCACUCCAGCACCUCACCCUCUCAGAGUUCCUUAAAGAAAUUGAGGACGAGGAGUGGGAUAAAUACAUAAUUCCCUCCAAAGUUGAGUCAGAGAAAUACAAAGUCAGCAGAACCUUCAGCUUCCUGAAGAGCAGGAUGUCCAGCCCACGUAACAAGAUCAAGGUGAAGGAUGGAAAAGAGAAGACUGGAAAGGAGAAGACAGGAGCAACUAACCUACACCAGUUUGUGCCAGUCUCUCCCUCAGGACCCUCUGGGCUGUCUGUAUAUGUGGCCUGUGACAAGCCUGUCCCUGGGAAAGAGUUUCUGCAGUGUACCAACUGCUCUCUGAGUGUCCAUAAGGGCUGUCGUGACUCGACUGCAGCAUGUGGGAAGAGGCCUCUGGAGAAGAAUGUGGCGAUGUUAAAGUCCAAAUCUCUCCCACACAUGAUGAGGGAGGGUUCCCCUGCCUCCCUCACCUCUUCCUCCUCCCUCCUCACCAUGCUGCCCCGAGGCAGAAAAUAUAUGACUGCUCCCCUAUCUAAGAGCCCCUCUGAGUCUACAGACAGGAGCUUGAAGGAUGCUGUGGGGGUCAGUGUGGACAGUGACGUGUGGAACAGCUGCUCCCUUAAUGAAGAGGGGGUACAGGUCACAGGGACCGCAUCAUCCACAGACUACCAUCUCACCACACAGGAGUCGGUCGACACCCCCCUGCUCAGCGACCUAUCGGCUGACCUGGUGGGGUUUGAGGUGGAGUCCUGGAGUCUGGCCGUCACAACUGAGUUCUGCAGAAAACACGACAAACACACCGUCAAACGUCAGGAUGUCAUCUACGAGCUGAUGCAGACAGAGUUGCACCACAUCCAGACACUGACGGUGAUGUCCGAGGUGUUUCGUCGAGGGAUGCUGGAUGAGCUCCAACUGGACUGGGAGUGUGUGGCUCGCAUCUUUCCCUGUCUGGAUCCUCUCCUGCUCUUCCACAGGAAUCUCUUUGGAUCUCUACAGGAGCGGCGAUACGCUUCAGCCCAGCCCGGACACCCACACAACUACUGCAUCCACAGUAUAGGGGAUAUACUGUUGCAACAGUUCUCAGAAGACAACGCUGUGAAGAUGAAGCAAGUGUACGGAGAGUUUUGUAGUCACCACACGGAGGCUGUCAAAGUCUUCAAAGAGCUGCAGCAGCAGAACAAGAAGUUCCAGGUGUUUCUCAAACAACAGAGUAACAACUCUCUGGUCAGAAGAAGGGAGGUGCCAGAGUUCAUCCUGUUAGUGACUCAGCGCAUCACCAAGUACCCUGUACUACUGGAGAGGAUACUGCACUAUACACCCGAGGGCAGUGAGGAGCACACUGAGCUGUCGCAGGCACUCACUCAGGUGCGUGACAUCAUCACUGCAGUGGACACGAGUGUGAGCAAGUACGAGAAAGCCCAGGAGCUGCAGGAGGUGUUGAGCCGCGUGGAGAACAAGAGCCUUUCCAAGCUGAAGAGCGGCGAGGUGUUCCGCAAGGACGACCUGCUAGGAAAACACCAACAGAGGGAGCUGCAGCACAAGGGACUUGUCUACUGGAAAACCGCUACAGGACGACUGAAAGACACCCUGGCUCUGCUGCUGACUGAUGUCCUGGUGUUCCUGCAGGAGAAGGACCAGAGACUCAUAUUUGCUGCCGUGGACCAGAAGCCCCCAGUCAUCUCCCUGCAGAAGCUAAUUGUGAGAGAGGUAGCCAAUGAGGAGAGAGGGAUGUUCCUAAUCUCUGCCUCCUCAGUGGGGCCUGAGAUGUACGAGGUUCACACCUUCUCGAAAGAAGAGAGGAACGCCUGGAUGAGACACAUACGACGGGCCGUAGAGAGUUGUCCUGAGGAGGAGGAAGAGAGAAGUGUUGAGACUGAGGUCAGACGGAACACUGAGCUGAGAGUUCAGAAGAUCUACAAACUCCAAGACACCCUGGCAAGUCAGGACCAGCGUAUCUGCAGUGGUCUGGAGGAGAAGCUACAGCUGUAUGCCGAGCUGACAGAGUUAACCCUUCAUACACCAGAGCCCCUGCCACAGCACCACCUACUGGUCCAACCAGACCCUGAUGCUCAAAUGCCACCGCAGACCACUGCACUACUCACAGCUGCACUCAAAGAGGCGGAGAAGCUGAUGUCUACCUUGCAGGCCAGUGAGGCCCACACUGAGACCAGCCACAGCCCCCCUGUCAGAGUCCCAGAGUACUGCAGCUACAACAGCCAUUGCAGGAUCCAGGAGUCACCUGCUGAGUUGGACUAUCCGAGCAGUGUGAGCUCGGCCUCUCUGGUGUCGGAUGGCGAGUGGGCAGGGCCAGACACCAUCUUGUGGCACUCUAUAACCGAGCUGAGGAGAAGAGACACCAAUGGAGCACCAAUGAAGGUGGCAGAGAGUGUCCAGAGCCUGACCCAGCUGCUCUACAGUCUGCAGGCAGCUGUGACCAUCCAGGACAGCUGGUAUGAGGUUCAAAAGCUCCUCCUACUGGAGCUAGAGCACCCGCUCCCACACACCCCCUCCUGUCUCCAUGGCAAUGUGGCCCAGGAGCAGGAGAAACAGCGGAGUACUGAGAAGAAAAAGGAGGAGGUAGAGAGGAUGAGUGUGGAAAGGAGGAGAGAGGAGGUGGAGGGGAUUCAGAAGCUACAGGGGAGGCUGAGACAGGACCAGCAGCGCUGGGAGAGAGAGUGCCUGGCCAGGGAGAGACAACAGGGGGAGAAGGUGAGUCUGUUGAAGCAGCGCGAGCGACAGUGCCACCUGGAGGCUGAGAGCCUGCGCCGCGAGCGGGAAGAGCUGGAGCAGCAGCUGUUGGAGUACCAGCAGAACCUAGAGAGGCUGAGGGAGGGUCAGAGGAGCAUGGAGAGGGACAGGGACAGGGUGGAAGCCGAGCACAGGUUGCUCCAGAGCUGGAGACACAACCGCCAGAGCUCCCUGCCUAUUAUGAUAUCGCUGGACCUGGAACAGGUGUCCAACCACAGUCGGUCAGUCAGCCUGGACGGCAACGAGGCUGCUCUUCUUCAUGCCCUCCAACAGAAUCGUCUCCACCGCAACCAGCACCAGCACCAGAGCCUCCACUCUGGCCUGAGAAAGAGCCAGGACAGCCCCCUCCAUAGUCCCAACCUGAGCCUCAGGCCCAGCCUCUAUAACAGCCUCAACACUCUGCUCAGCCAGGCCCACAGUAAACCAUCCACAGAAUUACUGACACACCAACACUAUGCUCACCCCCAGCACAGUCACCUCCAGUCAGGAAGCUCCCCAAACAACCCCUUUAGGAGGAGGUUCACCACAGGACAUCAGGGGCCCAACAACAACAAUUUCAGCCCUCCACAGGACAGGCUGACCCUGGGGUUGUUGGGUUCAUUGGGGUCAGGGGUCACAGGCCUGGGUCUGGACGAGGAGAACUUCCCCACCAAGGAAUCCCUCACUCCUCUCCUCACCCCACAGGCCUACUUCCCUUUGAAUGGAAAGAACAGUGAGGAUGGGGGAGAGGAGAACAUUGUGUACCUCUGAGGAAUGACAAGACUGAUGGAGUGAUGGGAGAGAAGUGUGCAGUGCCAACUGCCUUAUGUACAUCUAUCAAUGUACCCCCUCUCUGCCUUUGUGUGUGUGUGUUUGCUUGUAAAUGUUUUUUACCAAAAAAAUGUGAAUGCAGGGCUGUAACUAGGGUUUGAGUUUUCGUCCGGAAGCGACGAAACAAAAAAGCAUUACAUUUUUAGCUGUAUUGUACUGUAUUGUUUGCAUUUUAAUGUAGGCCUUUAGGGAAGAUAUGCCAUUUGAAUGUUUAUACUGAAACAUUUGAGUUCAUAGCUUGUUUGAUAAGAUUAGUACAGAUUUUCUCAGGGGACACCACUUUGGGCCUUGACCCUAACUUUAGGAACCACUGUACUAACCUCCCUCUCUGCUUGCUCCCUCUCUCAUCUGCUUCCGCCUUGCAGCCUGCCUUAGCCUCACAUCACUGUCUGUAUCAGUAGCUUACUCUAUAAAGCAAAGUUACAACUUUGUGUUUUUUUUCUCCUGCUGAGGUAGGCUCCGUUUAACGUUAGCUUCUUACUUCAUCCUUCCAGCUGGCUAAGUAAAACUAGCCAGACACCUUCAACUUACUGCAAUAAGUCUCUGCCAGCAGAUGGCCACCUGACUGACAUAUCUAUAAGCGACUAUUUACCAGUUGUGCACUCAUUCUCUGAUAAUCGUUUUUUGUUUGGGGGAUGUCUGUAGACACGGCUGGAGUGCGGGACAGUUAAGUUGCCUUUAGUCCGACAUCUCACAAACACUGUCAACAUUGUCUCUAGACUAGUUUCCUAUUGAGCCGAUUGCAAGCUGGGGUAGUUAAUUUCACGUCGCUCUCGGCCUGUGCCGCAAAAGGGCAGAGUUAACCGUUUGAGAGAGUGGAGAAUGAGCUGCUAAAAAGGCAAAUCCAGGCGUACAUAAUGGACAAACCACUGUUCAUGAUUCCACUCAUUCGCAAAGAGGCAGGCGUGAUUGGAAUUCAGUCAGAUCAAUGAUAUAAGCAUUCUGAGCUUUGAUCAACGCUGGGGAGCAAUAUUUAGAUGUUGACCAUUAAUAGAGCUUUAUACACUGAGUAUACCUGUAAUAAUGGAGCUGUGAGUCGGGACGCAGGUGCAUUUGAAACGUUUAAUAAAACAACACAACAUUGGCUACACUCCGGUACACAAGAAUAAUACCAACUGGUGAGUGAACAUAGGAGAGUGACUUAAAGGGGAAGAAAUUAUGAAGUCGAGGUGUGAAUCAUAAUGAUUAACAGGUGCAAGUAAUGAUGAGUGCCAGGUGUGCGUAAUGAAUCCCAGGACCGAUGGUCAGUAUCCCGGCGACGUCGUAUGCCAGAAGGGAGGAGCAGGAGAAGAUGUGACAAUACCAAACAUUAGGAACUCCAUUCUAAUAUUGAGUUGCACCUCCUCUUUUGCCCUCAGAACAGCCUCAAUUUCUUAGGGGCAUGGACUCUACAUGGUGUCGAAAGCAUUCGACAGGGGUGCUGACCUGUGUUGACUCCAAUACUUUCAGUUGUGACAAGUUGGCUGGAUAUCCUUUGGGGGGUGGACCAUUUUUGAUACACGGAAAACUGUUGAAAAACCAAGCAGCGUUGCAGUUAUUGACACUCAAACUGGUGCACCUGGCACCUACUAUCCAUACCCCGUUCAAAGGCAUUUUAAUCUUUUGUCUUGCCCUAUGAAUGGCAUGCACACAAUCCAUGUUUAAAUUGUGUCAAGGCUUAAAAAUCCUUUGUUAACUUACCUCCUCCUCUUCAUCUACAUGAAUUGAAGUGGACUUAACAAGCAACAUCAAUAAGGGAUCAUAGCUUUCACCUGGAUUCACCUUUUUAUUCUAUGUCAUGGAAAGAGCAGGUGUUCUUAUUGUUUUGUAUACUUUUUCAGUUUUUGGUCCUCAUAUUUAGCUAUUGCCAUGACUGAAAGUAUGAAAAUACAGGUGUAUAUUGCCAAUUUUUGAGUUCCUGUAUGUAAUCAGAAAUAGGUGCCUGUUCGUACACACUGUUAGAAGUAAACCUGCCUGGAAGAACCUUUUUGAGCGGAACCUUUCCAGUUCAGAGGUUGUUUGAGGAACCCCUGUGUAAAGGUUCAAACCGUAACCUUUUUGUGAUGGGAGGGGUUCAAUUCUGAAUCAAUUUAAUAAUAUAUGAUAGGGCCUCUCGAGUGGCGCAGUGUUCUAAGGCACUGCAUCGCAGUGCUAGAUGCGUCACUACAGCCCAAGUUCGAUCACGGGCUAUAUCCCAAUCGGCCGUGAUCAGGAGUAGUUUGGCUAGGGGGCUUUACUUGGCUCAUUGCGAUCUAGCGACUCCUUGUGGCGGGCCGGGCACCUGCAGGCUGACCUCGAUCAUCAGGUGAACGGUGUUUCCUCCGACACACUGGUGAGGCUGGCUUCCGGGUUAAGCGGGCGGGUGUUAAGAAGCGUGGUUUGGCGGUUCAUGUUUCAGAGGACGCAUGAUUUGACCUUCACCUCCCAAGCCUGUUGGGGAGUGGCAGCAAUGAGACAAGAUUGAAUCAUAAUAAUAAUAUAAUAAUAUAAUAAUAUAAACAUAGCUGAUUACAUAUAGUAAUAAAUUGUCAAAUAAAUUGUAUUCCAACUUUGGGAAUUGCAUAGGCUCUCGAGGAACUCCUAAAUCUCUGUGUGCCUCAAUGAAGCUACAAAACUGUCAGUGUUCAACUUUAACAUGUGAUGACAAUAGAUUUGAACAGGAAUGACAUUUAAAAAUAUAUAAAUCUUAUAGCCACGCCCUUACUAAGCCACGCCUCCACUACAUGGUUCCUCCAGGAACCUGUUGUUACAUUGCAACGUUAAAGGUUGGCUACUCAAACCAAUUUUCCUUUGUGCCCAAAAGCUCCUUAAAACUAUAGGUAUUUUAAUUUGGUGCACUUUGUGUUAUUGUGCUUCCCUUGUCAAAAGUAGUUGCACUUUUAUGAUGGUCUUAAUUUCCCUCGUUGAAAUACAGGAUUGCAUAGGACACACUCUCAUAAGUGUUAAAGGUGUAGUUUGUUCAAAAACUAUAUUUUAGUAUUUUGUUCACUAAUCAGCUGUUAAAAAAUGUAACAAAACAAUUAACUGACGACAUGCACAUUUUGGGGGGAGUUUUUGGGAUCUCUUUGAGUUUUUAUCUACUAGGGGCAUUGGGAAGAUGUGGGGGGGUGCUGUGGUUUUGUUGUUGUUGUUGCAUGCGCUAUAGAUGGCUAUAUCGGUCCGCUAAUACAGGACUAGUAAAGGCCAAGUGCACUACUUUUGUGGAAAUGUUUAUUAAUAUUUUUAUUUUUAUCCUGAUUUUUUGCAGGGUGCUGCAGCACCCUCAGCACCCAUACUCUACUAUGUGCCAAAUGUCCAUUGUCAAGAUGUAGUGUGUUUAAUAGAGCUUGCUUAUUACUCUAAAGAGAAAAUACAGAUUACAUGUUGGUUUGUUUGUUAUUUAUUGUGACGUAUUCAUGCACUGUCAGAGUGGUUGGGUUAAAUGCGGAAGACACAUCGUAUAAUGUUAUGUUUUUGUUGAUGUUGUGUAAUAUGGAUGUUUUCCCCCUUAAGUUGUAAUAUAUGUAUAAUUGAAAGAAACCUGUGCCUUGUGCCAUAUUAACUAUAUACUAUAAAAUGCAUAACCAGCAA